UCUUUCUUAUGCUUUGUUUUCUUUACCUUCAAGUACAUCUCUAGCUCUCUCUCCCACAAUCCAAGUUGUUGGAACAUUGUGUUGUUGGAGUAUUCGUUUUAUCUAACUUCACUUGCUCUACACGUACUCUUGAGAGUAUUCUCAAUUUCUCAUACCAUCCAAUCUCAUUUUUUGCUCAUAUAAUUUUCACCUUUUUUUUUUUUUGGUUUGAGCAAGACUUUUGAACUCACUUCCAAUUAGGCUGCAUUGAUUUUCUGCUGUCUUUUUGUCAAGUGUAAAUGUGACACCCCAAUGGUGUCAUGGCACUAAUUAGUUUCUCCAUCCAAUUGUCCGUUUCAUUAAGUGAUAUUAUCUGUCAAUUUAAUCCUCAAACAGAGAAUUAUAUCAAAUUCCAGAAAGAUUAGGAAGCCAUUAUGCCUUUCGGAUUGGUUUCAGCGUGGAACAAGCGCCGGAGAAGCAAGUCUCAAGAUCACACAGACCCUUGGGUUUAUAAACCUGUGGAGUUUUGGCAACUUGAAGAUCAAACCCCCCAACGCACAAAAAGGCACCAUGGAUCAGUUUUCACACUCAGGGAAAUGGAAGAGGCAACAAAUUCAUUCAGUGAAGAGAAUUUGCUUGGCAAAGGAGGAUUUGGCCGAGUUUAUAGAGGCACUUUGCAAUCAGGAGAGGUUGUAGCAAUUAAGAAAAUGGAGUUGCCGCCAUUUAAAGAAGCUGAGGGGGAGCGCGAGUUCCGGGUAGAAGUUGACAUCUUGAGCAGACUCGACCACCCAAAUCUGGUUUCCUUGAUAGGCUAUUGCGCUGAUGGGAAGCAUAGAUUUCUGGUGUAUGAAUACAUGCUUAAUGGGAACCUGGAAGAUCACUUAAAUGGAAUUGGGGAAGCAAAAAUGGACUGGCCUACACGACUCAAAGUGGCGCUUGGAGCAGCCAAGGGACUUGCUUAUCUCCAUUCAAGUUCAUCUGUUGGGAUUCCAAUUGUUCACCGAGAUUUUAAGUCCACUAAUGUUCUUCUAAAUGCCAACUUAGAAGCCAAGAUAUCUGAUUUUGGGCUUGCCAAGUUAAUGCCAGAGGGCCACGAGACGCAUGUGACCGCUAGAGUGCUUGGUACAUUUGGCUAUUUUGAUCCUGAGUACACAUCGACAGGAAAGCUAACUCUACAAAGUGACGUUUAUGCAUUUGGAGUGGUUCUUCUCGAGCUUCUGACUGGACGCCGAGCCGUGGACUUGAACCAAGGACCAAAUGAUCAAAACCUUGUACUGCAGGUAAGGCAUAUACUGAAUGAUCGGAAGAAAAUGCGUAAGGUGAUAGAUCCUGAGCUGAGCCGAAGUUCAUACACCUUGGAGUCUAUAGCCAUGUUUGCAAACCUGGCAUCACGCUGUGUCCGUGCUGAGAGUAGUGAGCGACCCCCAAUGGCAGAAUGUGUAAAAGAACUACAAGUGAUUAUUCAUAUAAAUUCAAAAGGAAUGAGCAUGGCUAUGCAUACUCUGAGAAUGAUCUAAUAAAACCAGAUGUUUUUCCAGCAGGGUGCAACUGUUUAUUUCAAUAAAAAGAUGUUUUACUUUUUCUAUUAA